CGGACGCAGGCGCGGCGCCGGAGCAGGACGCCGCCGCGCCAGAACCCGGACUGCAAGUUCGGCAUGUCGUGCCGCAGGGCCGCCUGCUGGUACAGGCACCCCGACGGCCGCGAGCUGCAGCCGAAGACCGACGGCCUGUCGAGGCUUCACACCACAGAGAAGAAGGGCAACUGCGUCUACGGGAGGAGGUGCAGGCGGCCGGACUGCUGGUUCCAGCACCCCGAGGGCCGAGCCAUCAUCUUCGGCAAGGCCCGCAGCGCGUCCAGCCCCUCCCCGCAGCGCCCGCAGGCGAGGUCCCCCAGCCGGGCGGGGCGGCGCCGGAGCUCCUCGGGGUCGCCGCCGCGGCGCCAGCCCGGCCUGGUGCGGCCCUGCUGGCGCGGGGUGGGCUGCUCCCGCAGGGGCAGGGGCUGCCCUUACGACCACCCGACCGUGCAGUCGGAGUGGCACACUGUCGAGCGGCAGGUGCUGGCCCGGUGCAACAACGGCUACUUCUGCACGCGCCUGCGCUGCAAGUAUCCCAGCACCCAGAAGGGCGCGUGGGGCCGGCGCCGCAGUGCAACGGCACCGUCAGCACGCGCCGAGUGUCCCGGUCGCCCUCGCGGGCUCCCGGGGGCCCCCCGCAGGACGCGCCCGAGGGCGCGGAGGGGGGCAGGGCCAGCAGCGCCCGCUCGGAGUCCGGAGGGCGGCCCGAGGGGGCGGGGAAGAAGAAGAGGAAGAGCAAAACGAAGAAGGAGGAGAAGAAGGAGAAGAAGGCCGAGCGAAAGGCGAAGAAGGCCACCAAGAGGGAGAGGACGAGCCGCGGCCGCGCGUCGCGGGCGCGCAGCUCCUCCGCCGGCAGCCGCAGCGGCGCGGCGCCCGACCGCAGCUGGCGCUCGGCCAGCCGCCCAGCGCGGCGCCCGUCGGCCAGCCGCUCGGCGCGGCGCUCGGCGCUCGGCGCCGCGCGGCCCUCCCCGGAGGCCGCCCGGCCGCGCUCGGCCGGAUCGAGGUCGGCAUCUGGAACGACGGGGAGUUCGGGGUCGGCAGGCGCGUCAUCCGGAUCGCCCGUGCGAUCUGGGAGGAUGCCAGGUUCCAGGAGAACGGCGGGAAGACGCAGGUGAGGGGGAAGGGCAUCGGCGGGAAGUUCGAGGCCGACGAGCCACUGUCCCUGUGCAUCUGGUGCCACGACGAGGCCCUCUUCGACAAGGCAGUGGGGGUCGCCCAGGCCGAGCUCCGGAAGGUCCGCAGGGACUACAGGACCCACUGCGCCUACGCCUACGCGGGGCAGAUGGUCCCCGGCGCGGAGCCCGCGCUGGGGGCGCCGGCGGCGGGCCGCGGGGCUGGCGGGAGCGGCAGCUCCGGGGCCGCGGCCCAGGAGGCCUUGCGCUCGGGCGUCGAGGCCCGUCCAGCACCAGCACCAUCCGUACACGCUCAGAUGCAGAAGGCCCACGAUGAUGUUCAGCAGUGGGAGCACAAGGCCGAGAUGGACUUGCAGCGCCUCGCUCGGGCCAAGGAGCAGGCUCUGGAGUUCGAGAAGGCGCUGCGCGAGUCCUGGGAUCACUUGCAUGCGGCGGAUGAUGUCUUCAAGUUUCCCAUCGCCAAGCUCAAGAGUGAUCAGGAGGCGGAGUCCAAACCUGCACCUCUUCCUGCCAGCAAGCUGGGCGACCUGUUGGCGGGCAAAGUUGACAUGGCUUCUGUCAUCGGCUGCGACGACCUUCUUGAGGAUCUGGUGUCGGCCGAGGUGGAGCUUGAGGGGCGUGCGCUGCUGUGGGUGCUGGGGGCUCUGGGCGUGCUCGGAGGUGCCGGCCUCUGCCGCUUCAGCCGCGGCGGGGUCGGCGCGGGGCGGAAUCCGUGCUUUAGCCGCGAGGGCCUGAUGGGCAGCAGGUGA